GACAAAGUCAAGAUCUGUCAUCUUGUCUAUUACAUAAGCUCUUCUUUGGUCUCUCAACAUGCUACACCGAACAAAGAUUGACUUCCUCGCAAUUCGCAAACCAGUAAAGCAGCAUAUGGAGAAGCCAAAGUUCAAAACCGUUCAAGAAGUGAUUGCAUCCGAUGAAGGACUACCUGAAAGAUAUCUCCACACACCCACCGUGGAUACCGAAAGUCAACCUCUUGACGCUCCCGUGCCGGAGAUGGAUAUUCCAGCCAUCGAUCUCAGUCUUCUCCUCUCUUCUUCUUCUGAACACGGUCAACAAGAGUUGAGAAAGCUUCACUCUGCGCUCUCUACAUGGGGCGUUGUUCAGGUGAUGAAUCAUGGAAUGACAGAUGCGUUUCUUGACAAGAUCUAUGAGCUGACCAAGAAGUUCUUUGCACUUCCGACAGAAGAGAAGCAAAAGUAUGCUAGAGAGAUUGGUAGUAUCCAAGGAUAUGGUAACGACAUGAUUCUGUCUGAUGAUCAAGUUCUUGAUUGGAUUGACCGUUUGUAUCUCACUACUUACCCUGAAGAUCAACGUAAACUUCACUUCUGGCCUGAGAUCCCACUUGGGUUCAGGGAAACUUUAUAUGAGUAUACAGUGAAGCAACAAGUAGUGAUUGAGCAGUUUUUUAAAGCCAUGGCUAGAUCUUUGGAGCUAGAUGAGAAUUGCUUUCUAGACAUGUAUGGAGAAAAUGCUAUGAUGGAUACAAGAUUCAACUUGUAUCCUCCAUGUCCAAGACCAGAUAAGGUUAUUGGUGUCAAACCACAUGCUGAUGGUUCUGCUUUUACUCUUCUCUUACCUGACAAAGAUGUUGAAGGGCUUCAGUUCUUGAAAGAUGGCAAGUGGUAUAAAGCUCCUAUUGUUCCUGAUACAAUUCUGAUCAAUGUUGGAGAUCAGAUAGAGAUAAUGAGCAAUGGGAUAUACAAGAGUCCUGUUCAUAGAGUGGUGACUAACAGAGAGAAGGAGAGGAUAUCUGUGGCAACGUUUUGUAUUCCGGGUGCUGACCAAGAGAUUCAACCCGUAGAGGCGCUUGUGACUGAGACAAGACCAAGAUUGUAUAAGACAGUUAAGAAGUAUGUUGCGCUCUACUUUGAUUACUAUCAACAGGGUCGAAGACCGAUCGAAGCUGCUUUGAUCUGAUUAUACUUUUCAAGUCUUGUUCUAAUGUUAAAAAAAAAGAAGUCAUGUUCUUGGUUUCACAAAUGAAUAUGUUUCUUUCAUGACUUGAUCACUAAAGAGAAUAAUACCGUUGCUUUGUUGUUUUGGAACUGUGAGGCUGCAUUGUGUUGUGUUUGCUACUCGUGAGAAUAUCAUGAAGUCUGAAGUUCAUCUUCACAGAACACACUAAGGUCUUAAAUGAGAGUGAGAUUUAUAUGUGA